AAUAACUGUGGUAGCCAACGACAACAUUAUCGCGAUGCCGCUAAGCCGCUUUCGGCAUAUCUAUUCUAUGUACUGACUUAGUAAACAAGGUAUUCCAAACACGGUGAAAAUAUUAUAAUUUAAUCAAUGAUAGUAGAUAUUGUUCAAACCGAAUUAUUGUGCAGCUGUAAAUUCAAAAUUUAAAAACGUGCUUUACUAGACGAUAGUACUGGAAUUUAACUCAAAAUAAUAAUAAUUAUUGUCUUAUAGUCGAUCACUACUUUUUUUUUUUGUCAUAAGUAUGAGUUGAUUAUGAAUCGUUAGUUUGCAGAUUCUUCUUUUUUUUCAUCGACCGCGAAUUAACAUAAUAUAAAUACUUUACAAAAUAUAGGUAUAGAUUUAAGAGUUAAGUUUGCUACUUGAUCAAUUUAAAACGUCUCGAAUACAAAUACGAUUUUAAUUUAUUGUGUUCAGUUUAUGACAAAACGGCAAAUACUCCAUAAUUACUUGAAUACAGCAGUGAGGUGCCAUAAAAUUACAAAAAUGUUUAAUUAAAUUUUAGUACCGCUACCUACUACUCUUAGAAUAAGGCUCCAAACUUAGCGUGAUGAUAUUUAACAUCUGAUAAAGAUAUUGUUUAUCUCGUACUGAAAUUUUGGCAUCUUGUAUAUAUUACGAUAAUUUGGAAUUAUUAGUUAAAAUAAGUUCAAUAGUAUUACAUAUUCUACCUGAAGCAUUAAUGUCUUUUGUCUUGACUAUUUAAAAAAGAAAUUACUUCUCAUAAUGUCAGCAGAUGAAGUGGAAUCUGAAGUUAAUUUUAUGAAAACUUAUAGUAUAAUAAAAUGGGACGAAAUAACAAAGCUAAAUAAUGAUCGUAAAUCACUUAACCAGAAAGUUUUGCUUGGGUUAGCCACCAGAGAGGAAUUUUUGAAACAAAUAAAAGUCGAAUUAAAUAUGCUGGACACGUGUCAACUUAAAAUUGAACAAGAAAUGAAAGAAAACAACACUGAGGAUAUUAAUACUGAAAUACUUACCAUUUUAUCAAAUCGUAUAAAUGAUAUGUAUAAUAACAUGUUUCUACUGUUUCCUGUUGAAAAGACUUCAUUGUUAGAAUAUAUUGAAUUCUGCUCAAAUAAUAUUUUAUUUAUUACUAAAUGUAGUAACAUGUUGGAUACACUCAUGUUGAGAUACCAUAGUGACCCUGAAGUAUAUAUAACUGCAGCAACAUAUGAAUUUGAUGACCGAAAUAAUGUUGAAUCAGCCAGACGAUAUUUUGCAGAAGGAUUAAAACAUCAUGAAAAUUGUAAAAACUUAUAUGUAGAAGAGUUUUGGGUAGAAGUUCAACAUUUAGAAAAGACUGACGGUGCCUCACUUCCAAUUGCCAUUGAAAAAUACAAGAACCUAAUAAAACGUUUUGAAAAUGAUAUUGAAUUUCAUUUCAUAUUAUUAGACAGAGCAAUCAAAUUAAGCGCAGUUAGAGAACUACAAUGCAAUGUAGUCAGAGAUAUGAUUAAAAAAUAUAGACAUAGUGAACUAAUGUGGCAAAAAUUAGCUAAAAUACAUUUUGAUGGAUUUAUCUAUCAUCAAGAAACUGAGCAAUUACACUAUGAUAAAAAUUAUAUUAAUGGUAUUAGAAAUUGCAUUAAAACCUAUGAAAACGGAUUAAAAGAAAAUUUACCACUAAAAAAUAAACAUAAGUUAUGGAACUUUUAUAUUGAUCAUAUUAUAGAAAUUCGUAAAUCUUAUCGUAUGAAAAAGGAAACAAUCAGAAAUUUUAUGAAUGAAACAAUGGAGCGAGCCUUUCAAGAAGCUCACGAUAAUAAGGCAUUAUGUAAAGCUGAAUAUUACAUUUAUUGGAUUGAAAAUACAAAUAAAGACUGUCAUAAAAUUAUGAAAGAAGCAGUUGAGGUGAUAAAAGAUAGUGAAGAACUAUGGUUUAAUUUAAUAUCAUAUUAUUUGAGUAACGAUAGUCUUGAAAUGGGCAUUGAAGCUUUUCAAGCCGGUGUUCGGGCUUUAAAAAAUAAAUCGAUGCCAUUAUGGGAAAUUCUUAUUUUAUAUAUGGCGAACACUCAUCCAAAAUUGCUCCAACAAUUAUAUCAUGAAGGCUCACAUUAUCCAUACCCUGAAGUAAAUUGUAUAAUCAGGCCUGAAUAUUUAGAAUGGAAUGUAGUUCACAAUGGAAUACUUUCAACUCGUGAAUUGUUCGACAAACUUAAAGACGUAGAACCAGAAUGCAAACAGUUGUAUAAAUCUAUGAUUUCAUUUGAACUCACUCAGAACUCAGGCAUUACUAAAAUAGGUUAUAUUAGAAAAUUGCAUAACACUGUAUGCAAUUCUUUUGGCACAACAGAUAUCGAUGUAUGGACUGACUGCAUGCGUUUUGAAUACAUGUAUGGUUUUCAUAAAUAUGUGAAAGGAAUUUAUAAGGCAGCAAUGGAUUCUUUGAGAUCAGAUUUACAAAGUAGUAUGACAGAAGAAUUUGAAAAACUUAAAGAGGAAUUCAAAGAUUUUGAUCCGAAAGAUGGAGGAGUUAUUGUUAUUGAAGAUGACGAAUAA